CUCCACCACCGCAGGUGCAGACGAUGCUUCCCGAGCGCUCGCGGCAAAGAGGAUGCAGCUGCGCUCCCUCCCGUUCGCCGCGAGCGCCGUGGCCGGAAGGAGCUUCCUCGCCGCUAUUCCUCGGCCGGUGACGGAGAGAAGGACGCGCCUACGUUGCAACGCGGGCAACUCCUCGUCGUCGUCAUCGGAGGAGGAGGGCCGCGAGCUUAGCACGGCGAAAGAGGCGCUGCGGCGGCUGGCGGAGCUCGACGCCCAGCUGGAGGGGCUGAAGGAGCCCAAGAUGAGGCCGCCGCCGCCCCCUCCUCCCCCGGAUCCUUUCAUGGACCGCGAUAUGAUAAUACAGCGAGGACGCCCAAGUGAUGAGCUCCCAGAAAUGACCCCGGCCUACGUGACGUUCUCGACUCUGGCAAUUUUUAUCUUGACCAUCUUCACCAACGUGGUGUUCAACGUGUACAUCAAGCCUUCCGUGGACGGCGCCGAUCAGCCGGUACGAAUCCAGAGAGUGCCUCUGGCUGAUCCUAGCUUCCAGCAGCCCGGCAAUUCUAGUGAUAGCUCGUAGACGUAUAUGCAUGACACGAUAAUACAGUUUGAUACAGUGGCAAGGGCUGUGCUUUGCAAGUUAACUGAAGCCAUGUGCCUCAUCCCUCAUAUUUGCGGCAUUAUGUACUCCCUCCGUCCCUCGUAUUUAGACAAAUUUAAGACAAGAAUUUUAAGACGAAGGAAGUAUUUAAGACCCACAUGCUCUAAA